UUGCUGGUGUCAUCUACCAAAUAUGAAGCUUUGACAGUCAAAUAAAGCAGUGGGUCUCUCCCCUUGUGUCGUUCUAUCAUUCAUUUUCUUGGAAGUGAAGACCGCUGCAGUCAACUUUGAGCUUCAGUGUUCUUUUGGAACUUAUUAACAUGAUAAACAUGAUAUAAAUGUGCUUAGAGCUUUCCAGAAAGCACAAUGACAGAACACUUUGACUGCCACUACUGCAAGGAGUCCCUCUUUGGGAAGAAAUACAUCCUUAGAGAAGAGAAUCCCUAUUGUGUGAAGUGCUACGAAAGCCUUUAUUCUAAUACCUGUGAGGAAUGCAAGAAACCAAUUGCAUGUGACAAUAAGGACUUGUCCUAUAAGGAUCGCCACUGGCAUGAAGCCUGCUUCCAUUGCUUCCAGUGCAAACGGUCACUGGUGGAUAAGCCUUUUGCUGCCAAGGACGAUCAAUUGCUCUGUACAGAAUGCUAUUCAAAUGAAUACUCCUCCAAGUGUCAGAGCUGCAAGAAGACAAUAAUUCCAGGCAGUCGCAAGAUGGAGUACAAGGGUAACAGCUGGCAUGAGACUUGUUUCAUCUGUCACCGCUGCCAACAACCAAUGGGCACAAAAAGCUUCAUUCCUAAGGACAAUGAGAACUACUGUGUGCCUUGUUAUGAAAAGCAGUUUGCCAUGCACUGUGUGCAGUGCAAGAAGGCUAUUACAACUGGAGGUGUUACUUACCAUGAUCAACCCUGGCACAAAGAGUGCUUUCUCUGCACAGGAUGUAAAAUGCCACUGGCUGGACAGCGUUUCACCUCACGGGAUGAAUUUGCCUAUUGCCUAGAUUGCUUCAGCAAUCUCUAUGCCAAAAAAUGUGCUGGUUGUGCCAAUCCAAUUACAGGCCUUGGAGGAACCAAAUACAUCUCAUUCGAGGAGCGCCAGUGGCAUAAUGACUGCUUCAACUGUAAAAAAUGUGCUAUAUCACUAGUGGGGCGUGGUUUCCUCACAGAACGAGAUGACAUCCUUUGCCCUGAGUGUGGCAAGAAUCUGUGAGAACAAAUUGGGCAGCAAAAGAUUUUAUGGCAACUUUGACUGCAGCUGCAUUAAAGCAAAACUAUCUGGCUAUCUAUCACCUACUCUUUUAUGAAUUAUCCACAAUUGUACUUUCUCGUACUUUGCUUGACAAUUUGGUAAAAAAAAACAGUUUACAAACUGUUUAUGAAUUCACAAAUGGUUUGUAUGAAUGCACUGGAAUGUUUCCAAGUGAAAGUUUAAUAUUUUAAUCUUGUACACAGGCACCAACAUGAGCAAGCAAAAUUAAAUAUCCCUAUAACAUAAUGAUAUAAGAAUACCAAAACAUAGCAGUGUACAUUAUAUCAGUAAAGAUUCAACUUUAUUGUUGGGAGUUUUUUUUAAAAAAACUAUCAAAGUAAUGUGAUGAAACUUAAAAAGUUUAGGACAAUAAAUUUGUCCUAAACUUAAAUAGUGACUUUACCAAUUGAACCACCUGGCAACAGACAGAAGUGACAAAGGUCCAUCUGCAGACUUUAUUACUAAGCUAAUGUUGGCCUGCUGUAUGCAUUCACAUUUAGUAAAAACAAAUUUGAAAGUAACAUUUUUAUUAUACUGCAUGAAUAUAUGUGUGAAGUGAAUAUUGGUUGAAGGCAUCACCAUGCAUCUCAAUAUUUUUCUCAGCUAUUAAGUAUUUCGAUACAUAAUGUGUGCCAAAGGAGAAAUAUGCUCCUGUAUAUUUCUCCAAUAUCCUGAAUUUGUGAAGAAAGUAUCAAUAACUACAGCAUCUGAACCUAGACUCCUGACUAGGUUCAUCAUGCCAUUGAUCCUAUUGUACAAGAAUUAAAACAUACACAACAAAUAUGCUGUGGUACAUAAUGGAUGGUAUGUGAUUUUUUUUUAACAAAGUCACAACUGACUCUCCCAUUGUUCUUAAAUGCCCCAAACUUUAAAAAUGGCUUUAAAAUAAAGAUUUUUUCAUGCAA